CCGAUCAGGUGUAUGGGGACCAGGACAUGCACGAGGUGGUCCGCAAGCACUGCAUGGAUUACUUGAUGAAAAACGCCGACUACUUCUCUAAUUACGUGACUGAGGAUUUUACCACCUACAUCAACCGCAAACGCAAGAACAAUUGUCAUGGCAACCACAUCGAGAUGCAGGCAAUGGCCGAGAUGUACAACCGGCCCGUCGAGGUGUAUCAGUACGGAACACCUUGUGCCGUAGGCCCUAGCAACCAGACGUGUGCGGGCGCUGACCGUGCCACCUCACCGCUUGUGUCCUUGUACCCGGCCCUGGAGUGCAGAGCAAUCAUGCAGCACAUGUCGCCCACGGCAUUCGGGCUGAAGGAUUGGGACGACGAUGAGAUCCUGGCGUCGGUGUUGGCCGUCUCGCAGCAGGAAUACCUGGACACCAUAAAGAAGAGCACCCUGAGGCGAGACUCCUCCCCCGACCACAGCUGAUACCAAGAGACUGGGCCCCUCGUCCCCCCAAUCUGUGCAGCGCACACAGCCCCGCCCCUGCUUGCCAUGCUCCUCCCCUUCCCCCGGCGCACUCCUUUUUAUCAUUCACACGCCGUGAUCCCCCCAGAGACCCCCCCCGGGCUCUUUUUGUAAAUCUCCUUUUCCUAUUGGGCCUCACAGACUUGUAUAGUGCAUGUUGUUGGCAAAUCAGCCCCCUCCUCCUUUGUGCCCCCUGGCACCCCUGCUGCCAGCCCAGCAACCAAGGGGACUUUUUAAACCACGCCUCCUUCCUGUGCCCUUGGCAGGGGCCCCUUGCCUUUGGUUUGCCACUUUUUUUCCCCCUUUCUGGGGGGGUGGAGGGGGGUAUAAAUAUAUAAAUAUAUAUAAAUAUUUUUUUUUUUUUAAUUUUAGUUGUAAUGAAUGACUGAGUGAGCGGGCGCUGCCCGGCCCCCCCACCCCCACAAACCACUUUUGUAACUGACUGAGUUCUGUUUGUACCGAUGGGGGGGGGCACGUUCCGGCGCUUGGGAGGCACUUUCUUAGUAGAAAAAAUAUGGAAAAAAA